AUGUGCGGGGUGAAACGGGAAGAAGGGGAAGAUGGCGGUGGCCAGGGCGGGUGUUCUGGGAGUCCGAUGGCUGCAAAGGGCAGCCCGAAACGUGGCGCCGAUGGGUGCACGGACAGGUCCGCGAAAACGGGCGACGUUUCGGGGCGGGGGGCGGGGGCGGGGCUGAGGUUUGGUGUGUGUGGGGAGGCCUCCCACAUUACCAAGGACAUGCUCCCGGGACCCUAUCCCAAAACCCCAGAAGAACGGGCUGCCGCCGCGAAGAAGUAUAAUAUGCGGGUAGAAGACUACGAGCCGUACCCAGAUGAUGGCACGGGGUGUGGUGACUACCCGAAGCUCCCUGACCGCUCGCAGCAGGAGAGGGAUCCAUGGUAUGACUGGGACCACCCAGACCUGCGGUUGAACUGGGGUGAACCGAUGCACUGGGAUCUAGACAUGUAUAUCAGGAACCGUGUGGACACGUCCCCCACUCCUGUCUCUUGGAGUCUCAUGUGUAAGCACCUCUUCGGCUUCGUGGCCUUCAUGCUGUUCAUGUUUUGGGUGGGGGAGACUUACCCCACCUACCAGCCUGUGGGGCCAAAGCAGUAUCCUUACAAUAAUCUGUACCUGGAACGAGGUGGUGAUCCCAACAAAGAACCUGAGCCGGUGGUGCACUAUGAGAUCUGAGGAGGCUUCAUGGGCUUUGUGCCCUCUAACCGCCUCCCUCAAUCCUAAGACUUUACCUUAAUGAAAUCCCUAAUAAAACUUAGUGCUGUGGUA